AGCAGCAGCUUCCUGUGCACAGGUGAGAUGAAGAAGACAGAGAGAGACCAUGCAUAGAUUACAGAAACAGCUUUGGAGCAGAACUGCUGGGCUGUAGGCACUUCUUCUCUUGUGGACAUGCACUGAGCCAGGAUAUCUGCCUUCAUCACUCUCCCUUUUCCCCUCACCCUUCCCCUCACUGUUUGACAUUCAGCACCUGCUGCCAUCCAACCUCACGACCCCAGGGACUCCAUCUGGACCGCUCGGUGCCCGGAGCUGGAAGUGUGUCACCAGUACUGAUGAAGCCCUCAUUGCUGCUCCUGUCUCACCUCUGCCUGUUCAGCCUCAUGCCUCCCUCGUGGGCAUCAGACUCGGCACAAGGUGCCUCCAGCCUCACUUGUUGGUAUGACUCACGGGCGGCUCUCUUCUGCGACUGGGACCCAGGCAGGGACCUGACUGAAGCACCAUGCCAGCUGGAGAUUUUAUCAAAGAAAGGCUUUUGUGACAGCUUCCUGGAGUUAAAUCCCUCACCUGAAAAAUGCAAGAAGUACUGCAAAUUAUUCAAGACAGAGCAUAUGACAGGACUGAGGAGAUGCAUCAAAACCUUCAACCAAAAUGCUAAUAAUCAGUGCUUCACCAUUUCAGACCGUCUUAAUUUGUCUGUCCAUUGCCACACUGCAGAGAAUAAAACCAAAAUACCUGCACAAAUAAAAAACUUCAAUCCAUUUGCAAAUAUAAAGCUGAGGCCUCCAGAAAACCUUCAGCUGGUUAACAUAACUGAAAACACCUCCAACCUAACAUGGAGCCUGACUAUUUCCUCUCACUAUUUGGAUGGGAUGCGGGAGUACCAAGUGCGGUACCGACACGUGAGUCAGUCCUGGGAGGAGGCUGUAAACUUGCCCAUUGAACAGGACCAGAUGUGGACAAAUUUUGAGAGACUCUCACCCAACUCGAAAUAUGAGGCAGCUGUCCGUGCAAGGCCAAGUGCCAGAAGCAACUACAAAGGCGUGUGGAGUGACUGGAGCAAGCCAGUCCUGUGGAGGACACACGCUGACCGUAAGGGAACAUCCCAGCCAGUCCUGCCAGUUCUGAUAGUGAGCACUUUUGUCUUCGUGAUCAUUGGGACUGCCUUCCUCAUUAACUUACGGACCCUGAAAUGGUUUAAGAAGAUCCUGAAGAUUCACAUCCCAGACCCUGAGAAGUUUUUUCCCCCACUUGUUUCUGUUCACGGAGGUGACAUUCAGAAAUGGCUCUCCUCCCCAUUCUCCACAUCUUCCUACUCUGUGAACAGUGCAACCCCAGAGAUCUCCAUGCUCGAGGUGAUGCAGAAGAAUGACCAGGAAUCCCAGUUUCUACUUUCCAAGGGAGCCCUGACUCCUGAUCCUCCCACAGAAACCAGUGUGCACUCUGGAUCCAGCUGCUUCACCAACCAAGGCUACUUCUUCUUCCACCUUUCCAACUCCUUUGAGAUCGAGCCCUGUCAGGUCUACUUCACCUAUGAGCCUUUCACCCAGGAGGGCAGUGGCAGCAAGGCUGGUGAGUGUUACCAGGCUCUCCCCUCCCCAGACCUCUGCACACUGGCAGAGGACAUGAAUGUGUUGCCCAGCAACUUCUUUCACUGCAUCGAGGCAACCCCAGGCUUCCAAAAGAGCUCCUUGGUGGAAGAGACAGCAGGUGAAGCCCAGCAGGCCAUGGCUGUUCCGGAGGCUCUCCAGUCGAGUGAAAGCACCUCAACAACAUCUGUUCUGGGACAGGAUGAGAAGGUGAUGGACAAAGCAGUUUCACAACCUGCUGAGGCCGUGUGCCAGCUGGACACGGACUUUCCUGACCAGCUGGACCUGCAGGACAGCGGUGCUGUCAGUGUGAUGGAGGGGAGUGGGAAGGGAGGCCCUCCAACUGACCCCUGCACACCAGCACCUAGUGCUGCCUCUUCCUUCUCCCAGCCUCCACCGCUAAGACAAAGACAGGAUGAGGAUCCAUGCAAAACAGCCUUCUCUAGCCAGGUCCCAAACACUGGUGCCUACCUUUCUCUGAGGGACCUCCAAGGCCAGUACAGCCAUUGCUCUGUCUAGGAUCUGCAUGGAGGAGACCCACAAGGAGACCCACAGAUGGGAAAGGCCACCUCUGCAGGGAAGGCUGGAUGGACAGUUUCUCUCCUCAGGACAUGAAUGUAACUUCAGCAUCAAUCCCAUUGGGACUGCUCACAAAUGAGGCUGGAGAACACAGACCAACAAGUACUUACCUUCAUAACCAAAUCUGGUUUUCUGUUAAUACUUGCACAGAAACUCCUCACAUUUCUCAAGUGGCAUUCCAAACCUUGCCAGCUCAUUUUUCCCUUCCCAGCUCCCAGUAGGAGACUGUGCCAGCACUUCCAUGCUUUGCAUUUUGGUGUAAAACAGCACUCAGCUUUGAGGCUGAGCAGGGAUGUGAUCUGUUUGCCUCAUACAGGCCUAAAACCCCCUAAUGGGAUGGAGAAAUGCCUGAAGAUGUGGAGAUGAGAUUUUGUACAGGGGACAAUAGCACUGCCAGUCAGUGCUGGGGUUGAUGAUGAAAUGGAUGAAGACAUCUCCUCCUGAUUGACCAAGGGUGUUUUUUUUCUAUGAUGUCCCCACUUUAGGUUUUAAUCAGAGAUUACAUUCUAAACUAUUCAGUCCAGCUUUAGACUUUAGAGUCUAGACCUUAGAGUCUCUAAGGUCGGCUCAGAGCCAGAGUUGCAUCAGCUGUCUAAGCAGUGCAGUGUAAAAAACAAAAUCCCCAUUAUUGGGUUAAAUAUACUGGGGAAAUCCCCUCCCUCUCUUUCCUCCAGCUCUGAUGGUGGCAGUAAAAAGAACUCACACAGUUUCCCAUUCUUGCUACAAUAUUUUUCAUGAAAUCGAAAGCCUUUCUGCCCUGCUGGCAAACUACAGUUAUUUGACUAUGAUAAGCUGAUUGCAGAAUAGUUCAUCCCACAUCCUGUAUAAGUGGAAAACAUCACAGCAGUGCUGCCCAUUCCUUCCACUGCUCAAGGGAAACAAUUGCCUAAUUAGCAGCAAAGAUGUGGUGAAUGAGCCCAGAAAACUAACCCACAAAUCAGCACCUUUACUGAAAAGAAAACCUCAAUCCACUUGCAAAGAAUGGGGAUAGCACAGACUUCAUUUUUAUUCUUCCUCUACAUGCCCUGAUCUGGAUAAAGAAAAAGCCACAGAAGAAAAGUGGUAAGGCAAAGGAAGAUGCCUGCAUUCACCAUUUGUACCAUCUGUCCAUUUUCUUGCCAUAUUUCUGGACUUUUCAGCAGUGGGAAAAUACCAGCCAUGUGCUAAGAGUUCUUCAUAUCUUGUAAAAACUCUUCUAAGAGAAUUUAUACCAAAAAGCUCAAAGAUACUGAACUUGUUAAUGCUUCUGUCACGGCUGUGUCAACUAGAACUAAUUCUUUCCUGUCUCUGUCUGUCCAAGCAUUGAGAUUCCUGCUCCUACACUGUUACCUGACCUUGCAGUAGGCAUCCUGAAUGUCAUCAUGAGUCCCAGGUGCAGGGUCACCCACUGGCUUGGAUUUCACCUCAAAAGAGCUGCUCAAAGGAGUUGAGCCUACCU